ACAUUAUAUACCUUAGAAUAACAAUUUCUUCAUAAAAAUAAUUUUUAGCCAACAACAAUUUUUCAACAGAAAACGAUUUCUGUAGUCUGAAUAGCUAUAAAAAUACGCGUACGAGGACUAUUACUAUAAAAUUACUAAAAUACCGUAUGUUACUUCUUAGCUCGUGCAACGUGCAUGUGUGCAAUGUCCGAAGCUGCAUAUGGCUAUGUUCGGUCCAAAUAUGGGCCCAAUCGGCCUCCGGGAUGGGUCGAUAGUUUAAAGUUCUUAGUUUUUUUUUGGGCCGCGUAAAGCGAGCAAGAACAAUCGAUGCUUUGUUACCCGUUAAAGCCCGAAGCCAGUAAAUCAGAACGCUUCCACGGACGCCGCUUCUUUACCUGCGCGAGAACCGGCAAGAAUGGUGCAUAGGUAAUCGAUGACUUUGCAUAUAAAACAUAAUAAUAACAUCAUAAAUUUCCAGGCCAAAGAGAGAGUUCGAUGAAUAAAUUAAACAACGCGGGGCCGGCCAGCACGAAUCAGCGGCGCCAUCGAUCAACGAUCGCAACGGCUUUCCAUUGAGGACAAUGAAUAAAUUACGGGAUGAUAUCCUACAAUCGGCAGGAUCCAUUAACAUGGACGCUAAAAAUUCGCUGGACCAACCGGUCCGUACGAUAUAGCGGCUUGCAAAAUGAACGCGUUACUCACGCUAAAGCGCAGUUUUGCUUUGUUUCUUCUUUUUUUGUUUUUAUUUCGAAGUGCAGCGCGACGAGCUCUCAUUAGGAUCUACAUCUAUAAUUUAUCCUUUACAUUAGGGGUUCUCGAUGCUACGUAUAUACAAGAUUUCACAUUGUACGAGGGACUGUACAAGUAACAUCAGGUUUUUGUGUUCAUUUCUAAUCGUUAUGGCCACGUCUCUUUACCUUCUCUAUUUUUCAUCAUUAUCUGCUAUAUGCACGGAUAUCUUAUUGAGUACACUCUGGGAGCCGUGCACCGAGCUCCGAUAUAUGUAAAUAUAGUAUACUCCUUUCCUUCUUCCACUCGCCUCCUCCGUCGUUUCGCUGUGUCAACCCUGCGGAUAUACCCAUCCGCAGAUGAGAGGCGUGGAUGGGGAUCUACGGGUGGUCUUUUCGCGCUCAUCACUCCGACUGUCGAUGACAACCGGUCGUUGGCCGGUCGGAUAAUUAAGGAUCUACCUGCGCCAAGCGCCGGGGGGGAAAAGAACGUGCUAAAUUGCCGGGGCCUAGAGGUCUAGGGAUGACGCUGCGCGAUACACAUCGCAGGCGCCUCGGGCUCCGUCGACGCGCCGCGCCGUCCGUCGUCGCCGACGGUGGCGGGACGGAAAACGCGCAUCAGCAUCAGUCGGGAGUCCACGGCCGGUUACUCGUUUCGCAAGCGGGAACCGCGUAUUAGCGACGUUAAACGGUCGGCGACAAACGGACCGGAGAGAAAGAGAGAAGUCUCGGCCCCACCGUUAUUUAUGGCUGUAACUCGCGGAUUUUGCAUAAGCGGCUUGUUGAGCGAGAAUUGGAGAGAGAGAUUAGGGUGUCUCGAGUCGGGCUUCCUUCCUUUAAGAUCCCGCCUAAUUCCUGUUUAUAUGACACCAAGGCGCGGUCGAGCGCGACACGGAAAGGGAGUUGGAGAAUCUAGCCUUCUUCUUCUUCUUCUUCUUCUGUGGGCGAUUUAAGUGAUUGAGAGCUAGCGUGAAUUAUUUUUCAAUCUUACGUCGAUCACGGAGAGAACGUACCGCGAAAAGAGUGUAACCUACUGUUUACUUCAAUCAUUCCGAUCAACACUCUCGCCAGUGUCGCGUGACGGCUGAUUUACCUCUCGAAGACGCCGUUGAUGCUCACGCCGCGCCGAUUCACGUCUCCGACCUUCCUCGAAAGCUGUCAAAUUCAAAUUAGCGCUAUCGCACGCGGCCGCCCAUGUAGCCGCUUUGCUGCCACGUUACUGAAUACCGCGGGUACCGCGAGGGUAUCCCGCCUGUCAUGCACGUGAAUGGAGACUCAAUGCAUCUUGGCGGAUACGCUCCGGUAGACUUAAUCAAACGUACACCGACCGGCCAAGAGUUAAUUCAACGGUACGGCCGAUCGUUUGUCAUACGAGAAGGACGGAGGAGCCGAGCAGUUUUACCAGGGCACGCAAAAACGACAUGCGCCGCGAAUAGAGUGGGUGGUCUCGCGUCUCUCAACGACGAUGACGACGACGACGACCGUCUCUCUUUCUCUCUCUCUCGGUGCAGCUCGCGAGCGUAUCGAAACAUCGCCGCUUUGCCAGAGAUAGCACCUACGACGAGCAAUAAAAUCGGUUACCGCGGAGCACGCCCUAUACUCUGUCAACCCUCUCUUUCUCUCUCUUUCUCUCUCUCUCUCUCUCUCUUUCGAGAGAGACUAUAAACUCAUGAAUAAUACGAUGAAGCCACGAUACCAUCGGGCCACCAGGUAUAAGCGCCGUAGAAGUCGCAAACACAGCGACGGCGCUAACUAAUCGGGCGCGGCGGCCGGAUUUAUCGCUCAUCCGCGGAGUUGAAUUACCGCUUUGCUUGCGAAUUGUCGAUCGAUUUCGAUGCGGCGCGGCGGCAGCGACGGCGAUCGCAUAUUCAUUAUUAGACCGGCAUUAUCGUUCAAGUUGCACUUCGUAGAUAACACGUCGUAGACGUGGCUUUCUCUCGCUCUUUCUCUCUCUCUCUCUCUCUCUUUAUGUUAGCAUAAUAUUUCCACCAUCGAUCAAUCCCACCAUCGAUUUAUCGCCUGUCCCGACGCGACAGCGUAAGGCCGCCGCAAUUCCGUCGAACCCGCCCGCUGAUACUGUAUGCGUCGCACUGAAAAUCCGUGACACGAUUCCGCGACGGCGACAACGAGCCAGCACAAGUCCGCAGAGCGCAGUUCCGUCCUCGCUCUCGAGACCGAGGCAGAGAAUUAAUUGUCCGCGGAAGAUAUACGACUUCGGCAACGACUUUCUUGAUAAUAAGCAGGUAGCUUGGUAGCUAUUCGCACGUCCUACGAACCUCGCGCUCGCGUGGGCCGGUCAUUUGUGGAUUUUAGAAUCGAUACGACCUUCGCCUACAGCCACCGCCGCCGCCGGCUGCUGUUGCUGCUGCUGCUGCUGCUGCUGGACGAGAUCAACCGGCGCGCCGAUAAUGCGGCAUCUGUGCACAGUAAAUUCGAUAAUCGUACCAAGCGCACAUAAAAGCGCUGUUAAAAGUAGUAAAUGUAUAACCUUUCCAUCCGCCGCCGCCGCAUCGUGGCUACAUUAGACGGCUUCAAAGUAAAAGAUAAGAUUUCUCGAGAGCGAUUUUCGCAAUAUCCUAUAUGCUCCUUCUUCUUCUUCUUCUUCUUCUUCUUUUAUAAAGGUACGCGUAUACUACAUCAAUUACUUAAGAUAUACUUGAUAUUAAAUGUUCAAAUAGCAAUGCAAAACAUACAUGUUAUAUAUGCGUUAAGUAAUUGUAUGCUUUUUAAUUCAUUAAAACGUACGCCAACGUACUUUGCAGAAAUGAAAAAUUUAUUUUUCGUCAGUUUCAGUUUCGGACAACAUGACUAUCUGUAUCGUAUUUGUUUAACGUAGCACGUAAAGAAACAAUCUUUUUGAAGGCAGGCCACACGGUUUGUUGCGCGUUUUGGGCUCUUCCUUAGCGGGAGAUUGCUCUUUGGCAUCGCUUUCGUAUAUAAUCCCCGACAUCUCCGGCCUCUCUUGGAUGCUGUACACGUACGAUCCCACCUCGCUUCCCAUUUCGGCAUUACACGCCGGAGCCCCUUUGCGCGUGGGAUGCCGAUGGGCUCGAUUUCGGUCGAGCGAACUCAAUGAGGAGAGAUACAAUCCGGCGGAGUGAGCGCCGGAGUACCGCUUGCGAAAUCGGAGUGAAUCUCUCCGCGCGAACGAGACGAGAACGAGAGGUACGAGGAGGGAAUGGCGGAUCGAAAGGAUUAAGAAUGAACGUAACGAUAAAUUUAUCACUGUCUGAGAAAGAAAGAAAUAGCAGACGCUGCAUACAUAUUGGAGUAUCGGAUCGGGAGUGGAAACGCGUGUCAAGUAAGAUAGACGCGAUUUUGUGCGAUAUCAUUCGUGCCUUUUCUUCGCGCCCUGCCUCACAAAUCUCGAACCACGGAUUAAAUGUAUACGCGUAGAAUGUGAGAAUAUAAAAUUGGGAAAAAAAUGAAAAGAGAUCCUCGCGAAGGAUUCAGACAAACGGUACGUAUCGUGAAAAAGUGAUGAAAACGGAAAAAUCUCUCCUUGCAGACGCUGAACAUUUUCUUAUAGAUAUCGAUUAUCCAUAUUACAUAUUUCCUAUCUUUCUAGUCCAUUAAUUCCUGUGUUAGGUCGAUUUUCAUUGGGGAGAUAAAAAAAUUAAUCCGCACAUUUCUCUUCCGAAAAACUGCAGCGAAGUUGGAUUUGCGAGCCGAAAUGGUGAAAUUAAUUUCACUGAGAUCUCUAUCUUCCGCAGAUGCGUGCUCCCGUUGCCGAGGCGUUCCUUUUUUUUCUUUUUUUUUUUUUUUUAAUCGUCGACGUCUGGGAAAGGAAUUACCGGCUGUAUCGGCUUAAUGGUUCCGUCGAGAGGAUAAAACGGUAUAUCGCGCAAUUAAUCCGAAAGGAUCGGCAGAGCGUGUCAUAAGAGCUCGUAAACCCAGGAAGCGUCCUUUUCCGUGUCCUCUGAUGCAAGAACGGAGCAGUAAUAAAAGAGCCGUGAGAGGAAAAUCGUGCUGCCGGAUCGAUGCUGCCUUGAGAUGGAUUGGUCUCGGGCUUAUGCAAAUUCUGUAUUUGAGUAAUGAUGAAAAGGCGCAUACACUCACUGUGAACACUGGCAACGCGUAAGACGGCGUUAGAGUUUAGCAACGUACUAGAAUUCUCUCUUUUCCUUCGCUCGGCGAGGAGAUCAGUUUACUCCCCAUCGCGCUGUCUAUCCCGUGACUGGUCGGGGAAAGAGACAGAGCAGAUCCGAGAGCAAAAACGUAUCGCUCCGUAGGCGCUCGUAAAAUCAGGAAGAAUCCUCUCGGAGGCGCGCGAGAAGAAUCGCGAAACGAGACGAGACGGGAGAGAAGGAGCCGCUAGAAACGAUUGAGAGAAGUAGAGGGAGACGGCGAGGCGGACGCGCGGACGACGGAACGACGAGGGAGACGGAAGAGACGACCGAAGGAGAGAGGCGUACAGAAAACGGGUCCACGGCUGGGUGGAGGAACUAGUCUCACCUAGUAGAUCGCCCUGUCGCGGUGUGUGCUUUCGCGGGCGGUCGAGAGACGCGAAACCGAGAGAGUAGGAGGAGGGAACGUGUGCGGGUUCCCUUCUACGCGACGCGACGUGGCGCGAGAGAGGAGGCGGAAAAAAAGAGAGGCGAGAGAGCACACGCACACGCACACGCACACGCGCACGGACGCGUGUGCACGCGAGAGUUGCACGGUGUUUGCACCGGGAGGAAACGCACGUACGUGCGGAGGGAAUCGAGAGACAGAGGGAGAGAGAGAGAGAGAGAGAGAGAAAGAGACGGAGAUGGAGAGAGAAAGGGGGGAAGCGGGGGAGACGGAUCGUGUGUAUGUACCACCAGAAGAGUGUACCAGGCUACUAGUGUUGUGACGGCGAUCGUGCCCACGACUUCUUCUCCGGCGGGCCGGCAUCCGCGUUCUUCAUCCGUCCGCAUCUUCCUUUCCGUCGCGCCCUCUCCCCAUCCCGUUGGCGUCGCGUCGGAUACCCUCUCCGCGUCCCUCCACGUUCUCCGGAGCCCUUGGUGUCCUCUACCUCGUCGGGAGGGAGGGACGAAGACGAUCCCUUCCAGCCUCCCUCCUCGAGCUUUUCUUGCUUCUUUGCCCGAAGUUUCUUGUGUGCCUCGCUUCCUUUCUCUUCCCUAUCUUCGCGCGAUAAGCGUCUCUACUUCCGGGGCGAAAAGUGAAUUUUUUAACGUGACGGGAUCUCUCCUGGACCCGAGACCGGGUCACCAAGGCGGAGUGUCAUUGUAAAGUGUGUGCCGCGAUCUGGUGGACUACGCACGUGCGAGUACAGGAAACGCGCGCCACGUGCUGUUGCGACGUCAUCGCCAACGGCGAUAGAAUAAAGGGGUAACAUCGACAGACAGCAAGGAGAUCGCGUUUCGUUAGAGCAAGAAACAUGUUCGAUUCAGUGCCAAUCAUGCGGUGUCUAUUCAUGAUCCAGAUUCUAAUCGCCGUGGUGCAGCCGAACCUCGAAGCCCGGCAACGGCUAUCUAACGUCAGAGGGAUAUACACCCUGCAGGAACAUUUGCACGAUCACGAGAUCGUAAUACCACGGAAGGUGAAUCACUUAGGCGAUUUCAUCUCGGAAAAUGUUACUCAUCAUCAUCACGAAGACGGGCCAGUCGUUCAUUAUCGAGUGGCGGUGGCCGGUAACGAGUACCAUCUCGAGCUGACAGCGGUCGACAACUUCAUCGGCCGUGCAAUGGUCGUCGAAAGACGGAAGCGAGAUGUGCACGUCCGCAGCCCGGCGAAAAGUCAUGGCAGCAAAUGUCAUUAUCGAGGAUUCAUUAAGGGCCAUCGGAAUUCCCGCGUCGCUCUGUCCGCCUGCGAUGGUCUGGCAGGUAUGCUGCACGGCGAUCACGGCGAGUUCUGGCUGGAACCAGUCGCCGUGUCCCUGGAAGAAAAACGCGGCACGUCGCCGGCCGAAGAGGCGACGAGCGGCGACUUAGGCGCCGGUACCCGCACGUCGUCGGUCUACGGGGACCCGACAACCGCCGGCCGGCCUCAUCUCGUCUUCCGGCGCUCGGCCGAGCGGCAGCAACAGCAGCUCGAGAUCGGCGCCGGCGGCCGUACCAAGCGACGGCGCAAAAAGAAGAAGAAGCAGGAGAGAAAUUGCGGCACCCGCGAACCGCGUCGAUUGACAGAGACGCGGCUCGAAUGGCAAACUCAACCAGGCCUCGUCCAAGUUCAGGGCCGCGGGCGAAGGAAACAUCAUCAACCGAAACGGUGGCAUCGUUCCAAAAGAUCGAUCAGCACGCCGCGUCAUGUCGAGGUGCUUGUCGUCGCUGACACGACGAUGAUGGCUUUUCACCAGGACGGCGACGUGGAGACCUAUCUCCUGACCAUUAUGAACAUGGUGUCCGCGCUCUACCUCGAUCCGACCAUCGGCAAUUUCAUCAACAUCGUGGUGGUCAGAAUUAUUCUCGUCGAAGAAGAAGAUGCAGAGCAAGGACUGGACAUCACGGUGAACGCGGAUAAGACCCUAUACAAUUUCUGCAAAUGGCAACAGAAGCUAAAUCCGAGCGACGACUCGCACCCGAAUCACCACGACGUGGCGAUUCUGGUGACGAGAGAGGACAUUUGUUCGCGUGCGAAUACGCCUUGCAGUACACUAGGAGUGGCGCACGUCGCUGGCAUGUGUCAACCGGAUCGCAGCUGCAGCGUCAACGAGGACAAUGGGAUCACAUUGGCUCAUACAAUAACGCACGAAUUGGGGCAUAACUUUGGAAUGUAUCAUGACACGGAAAAAAUCGGCUGCAGUAAACGCGAGGGCGACACCCUGCACGUGAUGACGCCAACCUUUGAGGUAGACGCUGUUGGAGUCGCAUGGUCUAGAUGCUCCAGAAGAGACAUCACGAACUUUUUAGACCAAGGAAAAGGCGAUUGUUUGGAAGACGAACCAGCAGGUAACGAUUACGCGUAUCCGGAUUUGCCACCCGGUGCAAUGUAUAAUGCUGAGCACCAAUGCAGGCUGCAGUUUGGCGUAAGAGAAGCAUCCGUAUGCUCCCCUUUGCAGGAGAUUUGCUCAAAGCUGUGGUGCAUCGUGGACGGCUCCUGCACUACUAUGCUGCAUCCGGCAGCUCCAGGAACACAUUGUGGAAAACAUAUGUGGUGUCAAAAUCAGGAAUGCGUGCCCAUCGUCGAUCGACCGCGGCAAAUUGACGGCGGUUGGGGUGAAUGGGGAUCAUGGAGCGAGUGCUCGAGAACUUGCGGCGCCGGGGUCUCGAUUGUCGAGAGGAAGUGCGACCAUCCGGAGCCCGCACACGGCGGGAAAUUCUGCAUAGGCGAGAGACGCCGCUACAAGAUCUGCAACACGCAACCCUGUCCGGAAGGCACGCCGAGCUUCCGCGCCGUGCAGUGCAGCAAUUACGACGACAAAGAGUACAAGGAAAAGAAUUACACUUGGCUGCCAUAUUUCGACCAAACGGAACCUUGCGAGCUUUAUUGCACCGAUACAGAUGAAAGCGUAAUCGUACCUUGGGGAGAGGCUGCUCUCGAUGGUACUCCAUGCAACGUCGGCACCAGGGACAUGUGCAUCGCUGGCAUAUGCAGGAAAGUCGGUUGCGAUUGGAUGGUUGAUUCGGACGCUACGGAAGAUCGCUGCGGUAUUUGUCACGGUGAUGGUACUCAAUGCGAGACUACUAGCGGUGUUUACGACAAAAACGAAGGUCCCGGGUACAAGGAAGUCGUUAUCAUUCCGUCCGGUUCUCGAAACAUUAAAAUCGAGGAGGUCGGCAAUAGCAAGAAUUACAUCGGCAUCGGCGUGCCAAAUUCCGACAAAUAUUUCCUGAAUGGAAAACGGCAGAUCACUUUAGCGGGCGAGUACGAAGUCGCCGGGACGCCAGCUCUGUACGAACGUGAUCGAGACAGAGAGAAAAUUAGAAUCCCAGGGCCUAUUAAGGAAGACAUCGCGGUCUAUUUAAUUUACAGAGGUCAAUAUCGCAAUUUCGGACUACGUUAUGAAUACACCGUGCCAAAAAAAGAGCCUGAUCGGGCCCCAGAGUAUUCGUGGGUAUCCUCCGAUUGGACUCUCUGCACAGUCACCUGCGGCGGCGGCAUUCAAACUUCGCACGCGGUCUGUCACGAGAGAAAAAGUGGCAUCGUCGAGGAUCACUUCUGCGACGGUAUAGAAAAGCCGGAACCAAAGUCGCGCGAAUGCAAUUCGAAUCCAUGCCCCGCGAGAUGGUGGGUAGGUCCGUGGCAAAUGUGUCCCGUUACGUGCGGCGAGGGCGCGCUACGCAAGAGAUCGGUGAUGUGUGUAAUCUCUGGCGCGAGUACCGAUCGAUCGGACUUGGCUCUGCCCGAUCGCGACUGUGACAAGCACACGCGGCCCGAAGAAAUGGAACCGUGCUCCGAACUACCACCGUGCGGGCCCACAACGGAAGUACCGUUGAUCGUAUACGCCGACAACAAGGACAUGUCGUUUUACAACAUCAGCCUGAAUGAGCAGGACGGUAUUACGAUAGUCGACGGCCUAACCACCGAGGAGCCGGAGAUCCUCGAGUUCGACAACGUCGUCGACGAGAACCCGGACAAUUCCAUGUACAACACCAAGUCAAAGUGGACAGUAUCGAAGUGGAGUCAUUGUUCGAAUGGCAAGAGGAAUAGAAAGGUCACCUGCUCCGUCCCGGGCGAUUGUAAUCCGAAUAACAAACCGCCCAGCGUUGAGGAUUGUUACAGUGGAAAAUGGAUUACCGGAAGUUGGGGAAGUUGCAACGCGACUUGCCCCGUGAAGUCUGGAGUUAAACAUAGAGAAGUACAGUGUCGUGAUCGCGCGACGGACUUGCUAUCAAACGAUUGCAAUCUCGACAGAAGACCAUUUGAUGUAAAGCGUUGUUAUUACCGACGGCAAUGCGCCAACGAGAAAAAUGUUCAAGAUGGUUUGGCUUGUCCAAACUUGCGGAAUAUGCCCUUGUCCAAAGGCGUCGAGAAACUAGAAUUUAUACGAGGAAACCGCGAUUGUAAGGAUAGCGUGGCUGCAUCGUGUGCAAACUACAGACGCAUGUGCGAUGUAUCAUCGAUCGUACGAGAAAAGUGUUGCGCCACGUGCACAAAACGACGGCGACACGUCCGUCACAACCGGCAACACAUCUUGGCCGAAUAACAAAAUAAAGGGCUGAAAAGCUGAGAGCGCAGAAGUAUUUUAAAAAUAAAUCCUUGUAACGGACAACACAUCCGUCCUGUUUUCGUGUCCAUAUUAUCCGAAUUAAGAUAAAAGCAUAGAGAAAAAUUUCACGCUCGUUUUGUACGUGACAACGAAAAGAUGGAAAAAUAUAUGACAGAGGUGAUAUUACGAGAUUAUAUUUGUAACUUUGUACUAUUGCGUUUUAUAUAUAUGUAUAUUUUGUAUCAAGAAGAUAUAACCAUAGCAACAUGAGCGCAUCAUUCUUUAUCGGCUCAUCUUACAUUUGUUAUGAUAAUUACAAAACAUUGCAAGUGCUAAAUAUAUAUAUUUACUAGAUGCAAUAUUUUAAUGAAGAAAUGAUCAAAAUUGUGUAAAACGGGACGAAUAUUUUUUAAUAAAAAAA